UAGAAAUAUGUUGUCCUCUGUCCAGGUAGUGAAAGGAAGCAAGAUGUCCACAGGUGGCAGGAAAGCGAGAGCUGCCUUGGUGAUGAUGAUGGUGCUCAACAUCUUUAUCUGCAUCGUUAUGGUGUUGUCGUGGAGUCUUUGGCAGCACAGGAGUAGCUACCAGAAGAUUAAAAUACCAUCAAAGAAGUUUUGGCGCACACAAACAUUGAGUGAAUCCUUCUGGAACCGUGAGCAGCUGCGCUUAGACUUUAUUUACAGCCCUGUUUUCACUUCAGAGCUCAGCAACAACUCUUCCGUUGACCUUCCAGAGUGGAUGAACAGCACUGCACCCGUGGAUCCCUGUGAACCAGUUUACAGAGUCUCCACACAAAUCUGGGACUAUAACACACUGCCACAGCGCUUCCAGGACUUCCUGUUGUACAUGCGUUGCAGGACUUACCCGAUGCUGAUCAAUCAGCCAAACAUCUGCCAUCAAAAACCUUUUCUGCUCCUGGCCAUCAAGUCGCUGGUCCCACAUUUUGACCGACGGCAAGCAAUUCGUGAGACCUGGGGGAAGGCGGGCGUCUUAGCCAAUCAAACUGUCACUCUUGUGUUCCUGCUUGGCAACGCCAUGCCAGAGGACCACUUCUCUGAUUUAACGUGGUUGCUCGCUCAUGAGGUGGAGCUUCAUAAAGACAUCCUCCAAUGGGAGUACAGGGACACAUUCUUCAACCUCACUUUGAAGGAGGUCCUGUUCUUGGAGUGGUUCAGUCAACACUGUCCUCAAGCCCAGUUCAUCCUCAAAGGCGAUGACGACGUGUUCAUCAACAUUCCUCAAAUUAUUGACUUCCUGGAAGGUUUGCCGAAAUCGAAGGCAGAGGAGUUGUUUGUCGGAGAUGUUAUCAGUAACGCUGGCCCACACCGAGACCAGAAACUCAAAUAUUUUAUUCCAGAGAGUUUUUUUGUUGGGCAGUACCCGCCGUACGCUGGGGGCGGAGGCUAUUUGUACUCUGGGAAGUUGGCACUACGCCUUUACAACAUUUCUCAGCAGGUGGCGCUGUAUCCCAUUGAUGACGUCUACACUGGUAUGUGUCUGAGGAAAAUGGGUCUGGUUCCUGAGAAGCACACAGGCUUCAGGACUUUUGACAUUGAGGAGAACUUCCGGUCCAACCCCUGCGUCUACAGGAGCUUGAUGCUGGUGCACAAGCGGACACCUCAGGAGAUGUUGAAGAUCUGGACCUGGAUUAUCCAUCCUGAGCUGGAGUGUCAGUGAGGCAGCGUUUAAAGUGGUGCACUUGUUGAAUCCAAAACUUGUUCUAAAUUACAAACCUUUAGUUUGAACUUGGAAUGAAGUGUCAUCAGUUGUUUUGUUUUCCAGAAUAUGCAGCAGGUCUGCUUUGACAUGUGACCUCUGAAAGUUCACAUAGCCGUGUCCAGAAUGA